ACCCAUUCAAAUUUCUUUCUCUUUGCUUUGGUCGGUUCCUCUCAGGCCUUAAACGACGUCGUUUGUACGGGAAUACCCGCUUCUCCCCAACAGCACCCUGAAAUGCUCCCUGCUUCCCACCUGUCAUCUCUCUGUUUUUCAAUCUAGGGUUUCAGAAUUCUUCAGUGGGUCGAUUUCAUCCUGCGCUGGACGAUCAAGGCUCCUGAUUCAGUUUGCGAUCAGAACCCUAGGUUUCUGAAACGAUCAACGACGUCAUUGGAGCCUUGAAAGAUUUUCAUUAAUGGCGGAUCUCAAAGAACGCCUGCUGCCACCAAAACCUGCAUCAGCUGUGAAUCUUAGAGAAGCGUCAUAUCGACCAACUGCCUCUGGGCGUCAGCCUUUUCAAGGCAUGGAUUUUCUAGGACUGAAGAAGCGUGGCCAAGGUGUUCGAUCAUGGAUACGUGUCGAUGCAUCGGGAAAUUCCCAGAUUAUUGAGGUUGACAAGUUCACUGUUAUGCGCCGCUGUGAUCUUCCUGCUCGUGAUCUUCGCCUACUAGAUCCACUGUUUGUUUACCCCUCAACAAUUCUUGGUAGAGAGAAGGCUAUUGUUGUAAAUCUAGAGCAGAUUCGAUGUAUUAUCACAGCUGAUGAGGUUCUGCUCUUGAACUCCCUUGAUAGCUAUGUAUUGCAGUAUGUGGUGGAGUUACAACGGCGAUUGACAGCACCUGCAAUGGGUGAGGGUUGGCAAAUGGAAGAUGCUGACUUGAACCGAAGGAGAGGAUGUAGCAAUUUUGACAAUGGGUUCGUGAACACAUCACCUGAUUACUUACCUUUUGAGUUCAGGGCUCUUGAAGUUGCCUUGGAGGCAGCUUGCACAUUUCUUGAUGCUCAGGCAGCUGAAUUAGAAAUUGAAGCAUAUCCUCUGCUGGAUGAACUUACAUCAAAGAUCAGUACCUUAAACUUGGAACGUGCACGUCGAUUGAAAAGCAGACUUGUUGCUUUGACUCGAAGAGUUCAAAAGGUUAGGGAUGAGAUAGAGCAAUUAAUGGAUGAUGAUGGAGACAUGGCUGAAAUGUAUCUCACCGAGAAGAAAAGGCGGAUGGAAUCAUCAUUCUAUGGUGAGCAGUCUUUGAUGGGAUACAGAUCAAUUGAUGGUGCACUCUCUGUUUCUGCUCCAGUUUCUCCUGUUUCUUCACCUCCUGAGACACGGAGGCUUGAAAAAAGCUUAAGCGUCACAAGAAGCCGGCAUGAAAGUAUGAAGAGUUCAGAGAGUGCAACAGAGAGUAUAGAAGAGUUGGAGAUGUUGUUGGAAGCAUAUUUUGUUGUCAUUGAUAGCACCCUCAACAAGCUAACUUCGCUGAAGGAAUACAUUGAUGACACAGAAGAUUUCAUUAACAUUCAGCUGGAUAAUGUCCGAAACCAGCUGAUCCAAUUUGAGCUACUACUCACAACAGCAACUUUUGUUGUUGCCAUCUUUGGGGUUGUAGCAGGCAUAUUUGGUAUGAAUUUUGAAAUACCAAUGUUCGAUGACCCGGGUGCAUUCAAGUGGGUUCUUAUAAUCACAGGAAUAUGUGGAAUCAUUAUAUUCUGUUCAUUUGUGUGGUUUUUCAAAUACAGAAGACUCAUGCCGCUGUAGAUGGAUAGUGAAAUUGCAGUUAGGAAAAUGGAAAGAAUAUAUUUAGUAUUACUAUUAUCAUCAUCAUCAUCAUUGUUGUUCUUGUACUUUUGUAGAUCAAACCAAUAAUUGAAAAUCAAAAGAUGGCACUCUCAGAGCAAUUCUUUCUGGUAA